AUAACGCAAGUCGUUGCACUGCUUUUCGGUCGUCGCAAAAAUAAGCGUGCAAGUUGCUUAAACUUGACAUUAUUUUUUAAUUAUAGUGUUCCCUACUUGCGUUUCAAAUACCAUAUCUGUUUCAGUGAGUGGAAAAUAAGGCUUUGACCCACUCAGGGAACGCAAGGAAAGACGACCACCAACGAUGUUCAAAAAAUUCGACGAGAAGGAGAAUGUGUCAAACUGUAUACAGUUAAAAACAUCCGUCAUCAAAGGGAUAAAGAACCAGCUAGUGGAUCAGUUUCCUGACAUCGAGAUAUGGCUUAAUCACAUCAUGCCAAAGAAGGACCCUGUCAAAAUAGUGCGAUGUCAUGAACACAUUGAAAUCUUGACCGUGAACGGAGAGUUGCUCUUCUUCAGACAGCGAGAAGGCCCCUUUUAUCCCACCCUGAGACUGUUGCAUAAAUAUCCCUUUAUUCUUCCUCACCAGCAAGUAGACAAAGGUGCCAUCAAAUAUGUCCUAAGUGGCGCCAACAUCAUGUGUCCUGGACUGACGUCACCGGGCGCCAAACUCUACCCGGCUGAAUCAGACACAGUAGUUGCCAUUAUGGCAGAAGGCAAACAACACGCACUGUGCGUUGGCGUCAUGAAGUUGUCUGCAGAGAGCAUAGAAAAAGUCAACAAGGGCAUUGGCAUCGAGAAUGUUCACUAUCUGAACGACGGACUGUGGCACAUGAAAACGUAUAAAUAAUUCACCACUCAAGCUUCCUGCCAAAAUGAAUACAUUGUGCACCAAUUAAAAGAAAUCUCUCCAUUUGAA